UGUGCCGCGUUUGUUCACAGAAAUAUAUUCACGUUCUCUAGUAUUGAUUAAAAAUAUCCGGUCAUUCGGAGGAAGAUCAAGAGUGAUUGAGAGUUAGUUAAUUUUUUUCCUAUUCGUUAUUUAGAUGUACAAAAUAUUUGUUGGCUGACACAAUAUGUGAUUUUACGAGAAAUUCAAUGAAAUCAUACCAUGUGGCCUACGUUGACGUAAAAUAGUGCAAUCGGAUCUAAUUUCAGCAACAGGUAGAGAAGUUUGUGUUAAUGGUUGUAUCUUUUUGGUGAAGCUAGACACGAGAGGAACAAUAAUUCGGCGUCGUAAAAUGUUUUCUGUUUACACCAUUUGGACGGUCUUAUGCAAGCAGCUCGUAAAAGAACUGAGUGAUUACUACUGCAGCGUAUGUAAACAACCAAAAGUAUAUUAUUUCCGGAACUUCUGUGGAAUGUCCUAUGGCCGUCUCCAAAAGGGAGAGGAAGAUAUUCGCCAAGAACAAAUGCAAAUACUUCGAGAGUUCAUUGCCGCUCGAGAAAUAGCACAUCACUGUCGGAGUAAUAACUACAUCUAUACGCAUUUGCACGAAUUAGGCAACUAUGCUUUCACAAUUGACCUUGAUAAAUUACCCUUGGUGCAAAGGAUGUUUCUUGAGAAUCGCUAUAUAUUUGAAGCAAUUGCGAAGCAUGUCAGAGUGAAGGAAUUAUUAGCUGAAGUGCGGGUGUAUCCAUCACUAGAGCAGUUUGUGGUUACCAAGAGCGGUACAGAUCCCGAAUUGUUGAAGCAUUUGGUAGAAUAUUUACUUAGUAAUGAGUACUAUGAUAGACCGAGGAUAUUCACUGAUGCGUCGAAAUCUGCGGAUGGCCGCUGCGGUAUUGGUGUUUAUGACGAACCGAGUGGGAUUCGGAUUAUGAUGCAGCUAAAGCUUGAUACUAGCAUUAUGACUGCUGAGACAUUGGCUAUUAAGCUUGCAAUGCAGCAUAUUGUGGAUCGAGGAAUACGGAAUGCGGUUCUGUUGACUGAUAGCCAACCUGCUUGCCUUUUCCUGAAAAAAAGCCGAAAAUCUCGUUCUAUAAAUUCUGUAGCUAACGAGAUUCUGGAAAAUGCAAAGAAAGCUAAUGUAACGAUCCAGUGGGUCCCAAGUCACAUAGGUAUUGAGGGAAAUGAAACAGCGGACCGGUUGUCGAAAGAGGCGCUUUCUACUGAAUUUGUGCUUGAGAAUGAUAUUUUUGUUAACGAUGCGAUCAACUAUUUUGAGGAAAAACAGGCGCGUAGAAUAAAUAAUUGGUAUCAAGAAUAUAUUCGAUUGAAAGGGAAAUCACUAAAACAGCUGUUUAGUGGGAGCGAAGAAGAAGAUCCAUAUUGGUUCAUGGAACAGAAUUACACACAGUGAAUCAGUUGAUUAUUUAUUAGUAUUUAUGUGAAAGUGAUAAAAUACAAUUGAGAACUCAGCUUUUGGAGCCUACUAGCGCGCUUUGAGGUGAGCCGCACUUGUUUCCACUAAUGAUCUUGCAUGUGGAAGUACCGUACAGAUGAAACAAUGAAUUGAGCCCUUUUGAAGAAUAUUAUUUUAUAAGCUGGCUUGUGGGCUUAGGAUCAUUUAUAUGCAUCAUGGCAUAUUGCUGACAUCAAGAGACCAAAAAGAGUACAAAGAGACAAGCAUAAAUUGGGCUAAAUCGAUGAUUCGACGACCACAGGGUUGAUUAUUGAUCACAACAACACUUCUGGACACGUACUUUACUGUAUUUUGGUAUUUUGGCAAUUUAUUAGUGGAUUACAAUAAGCUGGUUUUAAGAAAACGCAUGCAUAUAUUCAGGAACAGUAAAGUGUAGUUAUGUAGGCACCGCUGUCAGGCAUGUGAACAGUGCGAUCCAUCAUUUCGCCCCAUAUAGCACUCGAAGUGCUGGCGGCCGACUAAAUGUAAUCAUCCCAUCCCAGAUCAACCCAGUCUUACCAGCAACGGUAUGAAUUAGUUGGUCGUGGACGAACAGACGCUCAAUCAAAAGAGGGACCAUUGAUAGAAUUGCAAGUUUAACGAACUUUGCAGAACGCGCUAUCGUGUUUCAGCUUCUUAACGAUCAACCGAAGCCUGGGAACCGCAUAACGCUAGUGUUGGCACGAUCGUAGCACCUACAACCUGGACCACAGCGCCUUCGCCGUAACCGACCUAUCGAUGGUUCGCUCCAUCAACGGUAGGCUCGCUCUCGUAGAUGGAGCGAACGAAUGCAUGAACAAUAGAACAAUACAUCGAUUAUCUACUCGCGGGCAAAUGGUAUUGUUUUGAUAGAGAUAAUAUGCAAAUUUAAAAUUGUGCCUUAAUUUAUCUUAAAUCUAUAUUUCUAAAAUGUUAUCUACAUAGAACUAAAAAAGAGUGAAUUACACUAGAAUUAGAACUUCGGGAAGGUUAGAUAACCAAAUAACAAACUGGAUUUCUACAGAACAGGAUUCAUUCCGUAUUAAAACUAUAGACUGAAGCAUUCAGAAUCGAUUGCGCACCUUGUACAGUUGAAUUAAUUGACGAAUAAAAAAUCUGUCUAACAAUUGCACUAUUAAAUGAAAGUAAAUACCCUUUCUCGCAACCACUACAGUAAUCAUUCGAUAACUGAGCGAGAAGGGAAGACCAGUUAUCGACAUUCAUUUUUUAACUGAAGCGGCAGGUAAAACGACAAAUAAAUUCGAGAGGAACUUCGAUGAAUUGUUUGUUUCGUGUUGAUCGUGAGAAUGGAUAACCAAAAGGUUUCCACUGCAAGCUUUGCAUUGAGUGCGACAACAGGUAUGAUAUAUAAUUUGGGGAACUAAUUUUUCUGUAAGUUAAUUUUUGUCAUGCGAAAAUAAUGUGAAUUUUUAUAACAUCUCAAAUUACAUUCAAAUGCCCUUACAGUAAAUCUUUAAACUGAAAAUGGCGUCAAUUGUUUUCGAAGUUCUGUUUUUUAACUGGUCCAAAGACCAGUUAACCCCUUCCCGUACGUUUUGAUUUUCAAAAGAGUGGACCAAAUCCAAACGCUUCGAUGGGUCACGCAUGGAGUACUCUGCUGAGCGUUAUAGCGCCUUGUGAUAUGCAAGCACACCACGAGAGAGACUCGAUAUUGUACGUUUUGAAACAUUUAUUGUCCAUAUUCCUAAUUUGGUUUCAUUUGCUUGAUUUUCGAGUAAUGCAGAAAUUUGUGUUUCAUUUGUAUGGCAGCCUUAGAGAGGGGGGAGGGUUCUCGAACUAUCAACCUUCCCCGACCCCAAAAAGCUCCUACAAACCAAUUUUCAUGUCGAUCGGUUCAGUAGUUUCCGAGUCCAUAAGAAUCAGACAGACAGAAAAACAGA